UUUUAUUUUUUGCUUUUCCUUCUUUUUGUUGUUGUCGCGGCCAGCAGCCAUCAGCCAACGAAGCAGACGACCCACCACUGCCAACCAUCAUCAUGGAAGUGCCGAACGAGGACCGCGAUCUCGUGUUCAAGCGCCUCUGCUCUCGUCCCGAGAACAAGGUGUGCUUCGACUGCCCUUCCAAGACGCCAACAUGGACCUCCAUCCCCUACGGCAUCUUUCUGUGUUACAACUGCUCCGGUGUGCACCGCAACUUGGGUGUGCACUUGUCAUUUGUCCGCUCCUCCAAGCUUGACUCCUGGACGUUGGACCAGCUCAGGCACAUGCAGGUUGGCGGCAAUGCUAGGGCAAGGGCGUUCUUCAAGCAGCACGGCGUCGCCACAUCGGACGCCAACAGCAAGUACUCUGGCCGCGCCGCCAAGUUGUACCGGCAGAAGAUUGAGGCUGACGCUGCUGCACUGCAGCGGCGGCUUGGCAACAAGGUGGUCGAGGACGAACACCACGACAAGACUGGGCAGCACGAGGAGGACUUUUUCGACAACGACCACAGCGAGGGGCGGCACGUGCCAACAAAGGCCGUGGACACGACAUUCGUGCCCGCAGAUGCAAGCAACUCCUCGUCGUGGCAGCUGAGCAAGGACGGUGACGACGAAGCCAAGGACAAGCCAAAGGCAGAGGCGAAGAAGGCUGGCCUUGGCGGGCGCAAGUCUGCUGGCCUUGGCGGGCGCAAGUCUGCUGGAUUGGGCAAGAAGGGCGGUGGCCUUGGCGGCGGAAGGAAGAAGUCCGGGGGCCUCGGUGCGCGGAAAGUGGACAAGUCCGAGUUUGCGGCGGCCGAGACGCGACUGCAGAAACGCGAGGAGGAUGCGCAGAAGCAGGCCGUCUCCGUCGAGGAGUCUGAGGAGACGAUUGCCUCCCGUCUCACAUACACGGAGCGCGAAAUCACAAAGAUGGACGAGAAGAAGCGCGAGCAAGCGGAGAGGCUUGGGAUGGGCCUGGGCGCCGGCAGCGCAAAGGGGAGCGUCUUCUCCCACUCGGCGCGAUCAACCAUGCGCGUCAUUGAGCAGGAGGAGGGGCACGCACCGCCCAGCGGCAGCUACUUUGAUUCGGAGCCGGGCCAGCGCAGCCCAACUGGCCUGGACCGCCUCAGCCUGAGCGACAAGCCAAAGGCCACCAGAGGUAGCCGGUCCAACAUUCCGUCCGCCGUCAGCGCGUUUGGAAACUCGUCGUCAUCGUCUUCGUCAAAGCCAAAGCGCUCGGCCCCGCCCACGUCCGCACCACCACCAGCUGAUAUGGGCCGGUUUGCCAACGCCAAGUCCAUCUCCUCCGAUCAGUACUUCCGCAGCGACCAGCCAACUCCCGAGGAGCAGGCACGGCUGUCGCAGUUCAGCGGGCAGGCGUCCAUCUCCUCGGACAUGUACUUUGGCCGCGGCCAGCAGUCGUCGUCGUCGUCGUCCGGUGGUGGUGGCGGCGGUCGCCAGACGCGCGAGAAGCUGAGGGAGUUUGCAUCCAACCUCGUCGACAAGCUGCAGGACAGAUACGGCUAA